AAAUGUAAUUGAGAGAAGAUAUUAUUGUGAAAGAGAUGUUAUUCUGUUAAUGCAUUCACGAAUAUCUUUGGGUACAGAGGAUAUUUCUUAUGCUUUGAUCCUACUGGUUUUCAUCAUUUUCAACACGCGUGUUGCUUCUUAUUUAACGUCAGGUAUAAUUGAUUUCAGGCGAAACACCUGCGUGCUCCGUCCGUCCAGGCUCGAGUUAUCGAUCCCCCCUCAUUUUAGCGUCUCGUAUCACGGGAACUUCACUAAAUUAAUUCCGUUUUAUUUGUCCUGGCCAUUACGCUUCUUAGUUAUAUAUAAAGCUUUCAUUGACCAAUAACAAACUUUGUGUUUAUCUUAUUUAUGGCAAUAGACUUUAAUUUCCUUCCGGAGGGUCGGUGAAAUGUGGAUUUUGAUUGACUGGAGCCUAGAUAAUAGAAUUCUUAAUCACGGACAGUUAAACAAUAGGUUGCGUUAUGGAAUAUUAGCUACCGUCACACGCCUCCCAGCAAAUGGAAUGAAAUAUAUUCAAAACAUUUGAAAGGGUGCGUUAAGCUGGUCGAUUCUGUGUCAUUGGAUCUUUUUUUCAAUCAAUAACUUCACGCUUUUGGUCCAAUUCCGUAAUCAAAGCAAAACAAAGCGCUAAGCUGCUACCAGGAGUGCGCGAAGCUGGUUAGCGAGGCGCAGGAUAGUGGCGCCAAGGAGCAGGGAGAAAUGUUUGGUCGUGCAAACUAUAACUUUUGUCCGACGAAGAUUCUUGCAUUUACUUAUUUACAACUCGGAUUUUCUAAUUUCUUGGACAGGAACCGACAAAGGAUUUUUCACCUUUCUGUUUGUUUUCAUCUACCUGUUUAAAUGGAACGCAUCCAAUUUCAGCGGCACUUGUGCGUGGAAAAUACAAAUCUUUUAUUGUGUGUAGAUUUGUAUAGUAAAAAUUGGCUUUUUACCGACAUAUGUCAGUUAGCAUUCUUAAUGGAUGGACUGGUCCAUUCAAUGAAAUAAAUUCCGUAUGUAGUUCCUGGAAUAAACAUGAAAUUAAAAAAAACAGUGGUGAUCUGAAAGAGUAUUUUUGAGUGGUGGAUCAAAUGAUAAGAAUUGUUGGGGGUCUAAGCCUUAUUUUUAAACAAUGUUAAAAUUUCAAAUAUACUGUGAUGUGACAAGCAAUCAAAAUGCCAAGUUUGAUUAAAAAGUUAUCAGGAAGGGUACCUUCCUUACCUCGAAUUCCCGAGCCCAGCGAUUCGAGCGAGGAUGAUAUCAUUCUCCAGAGGCUUGGGCCAGACAGAAAUAGAAUCGCCUGGUCUGGGGAAAAUACCUUUAGUGUAAUUCCCCCUACCCCCAACGGAGCAUCGAAUAAUGGUAGCGAAUUGGGUCCAGCGUCACCAGUUAGGGGCAUUCUGCGUGGUCCAGAGAGGAGAGGACAAGGCAGUACAUCAGAGGGUAGAACGGCUAAUGGUGCGGCGGUCUCCAGGAUAGGCCAGAACCGCCAGUCCUCCGGUAAUACUUCCACUAGACCACGUUAUAACAGGACACCGGUUCGAAUGACUGUUGCUGGAGAGUGGGCUCUCAAAGAAUGUGAGUCAUUGACAACAUGGGUGAAUAAAGUUCUUAAGGAUUCUGGCUCAGAACCGGUGGUGGAUCUAAGGAAAAGUGUGGGAGAUGGAGUUACACUUGUACAGUUAGCGGAAAAAACUUGUGGUAAAUUUCCAGAGGAGGUUGACACAGACAUAAACUCCAAACAGGACCGAGUGAACAACUUACAAGUCUGUCUGAGUCACCUUAAGUCAUCAGGAGUUGAUCUCACCGCCAUUGAUGCUGAGGAUAUCGCUGAUGGAAAUUUAAAGUCCACCCUGCUCCUCAUUGGGAAUAUCAAGAGAAAAGUGGAGGCAGACACAGAGAGUAAGACAAAGGCAAACACAGCAUUAAGGGAAGGCAGCAAUGUAACUGCUCCUAAAAUGCCAGGGGCAAUUACUCUUCCAGGAGGUAUGAGGGAGCCUCCCCUUGGAGUCAAUGAUUACCCUAUGACCCCUCAGCGGAGGACCUUGACCCAGCCCUCAGAUGACCUCAUCCCGGGGAUCCUGAGGAAGGAGGAGACAGUACCUCGCCCUCAGUCUGUCCCUCCUCAACCACUCAUAUCUAUGACUGAGCUGAGCUCUACAGGAGUUUUCCAGCGCGGGGCGGAGGAGAGAAGACAAUUGUACUCACACAAUAACUACAGUACUCAGUUGUCAAGAGGAGCUGGUCCCAGACAGCAGACGACAGUCAAACCGAGCAUGCCCACUAAUAAACUUCCUUCCAAUGCCUGGUCCACGGAGUCCCAGAAACCACAGCCCGGACCAGCUGGUGCUGUGUCUGUUGAGGAGCGAUUGAAGUCCUUGAUAUCUAGCCCCUCCUCUGAGCGGGCCCCCCCAGCUUCCAAGAGUUUUGAUGAUGGUGAAUUGAUUGUCCCCUUCCCUCCUCAACCACGAAAUCCUAUGUCAGGGGGAGUUAACCCCAGUCACCAGAGAUAUCCAUCUGUACCUGCCAAUAAUCAGUCAAACACAUACAUUCCGUCCAGACCAAAUGAUAGGGCACAUCAUAGCUCCCGAGCUGAGGCAAUACUCAGUCAACCAAAUACUUCAUCGAAUCAUCCUGCAUCGUCCCAAGUCCACUCCACAUACAAUCCCAGCCAGGUCCACAACACGCCUUCAUACCAAGAUCCGUCCUACAUACAGAGCAGCAGUUAUUCCAGUGCCAUACCCCCUGGACCAGCAAACCAGGGUUACGGGGACAAAACCAGGAAUAGAGUUGUCACCCCGAGCAUUGAGGCCGCAGAAUGGGGCAGAAAGAGAGGACAUGAAAAUCAUGGAUAUGUUGGAGAGACCUCUCCAGUCAGGGAUAGAGGACUUAACAGGGAGGACAGCGAGUGUUCAUCUAGAGGCCCUGGUGCUGACGGAAUGAGAGACGCCUGGAACAGACUCUACGGAGGCAGGAUGUCAGUUCAAGGUGACCCCAGACCACAGCAGUCAGAAUACCACCACCAGAGUACUAAUAAUUAUAUGGAUAUGACCGGUAAAGACUCCAGAAGUAAUGUGAUUCCUCCAACCACACUUAGAACAAGUCCCUUGGGUCAGAGUGCACAGGGUCAUGGGUCGAGUCAAAGUCAGAUUAGUUCUUCACAGGCUUCCCCUAGUAGUGUCUCAUUUCCAGGAUUCAACAAAUCUUUGACGGAGAAUUUGUCUGGUUUCCAACACACGAUUGGUCCUUCUUCCAAGUAUCCAGAUUAUUCAGGAAGACCAGUGCCAGGCAAGGAACCAGGGCCUAUGGAAAAGGACAAUAUUGGAUAUAAGGACCCAAGGGGACUUCCCCCAAAACCAUUUCCUCGUGCUAGCAGUGACAGCACACUUCAUGAGCCAGAAGUCAGUAUUUUUGAUUACCAUAUUUCACCCAGUGAGGCUUCCUCCCGGUCAGUGACUCCCCCUCUUCCUCCUUUAUCUAACACAGACUCAGAUUCCUCAGUGGGAAGUCCCCCUCUUCCUCGAGCCUCGAGUUCUACUCACCUUGCUCCUCAUAAAAACCCUGAUGUUGUCACCUCCACAACACUAGUGCCCACCGGGGACAAGAAAAAACGAACUUCUCAGUCCCAAAUCCCAAACAAAAGUGAUAAAAAGCAUUCCUCCAAAUCAUCUCAUUCUAUAAAGUUCCCACCUCCUCAAAUGAAUGAGAAGAUGCAAGACUCCGGGGUAUUGAGUGAUGUGAGGGAACUUGGCACAGACAGUGAUCUUCCUUUCGAUAUAGAAGAUACUAUUUUGACUGUGGAUUCUAUUGAUACAGAAAUGCAGACAAUUCAUGCUGGGAUUCAAAAGCUGCAAGGUGAUGGAGGAAUGCGUGAGAGACUUGACAAUCUGGAGGGAUUGUAUUCAGAGGUUGUCCGUGUGUUGGGGAGCAAUCCCCCAAACAUGAGGAGGAGAUGGAGUCUUGCCAGCUCUGAUACCAGCUCACUUCGACGGCCGGUCAGAAAGUUCAAACCCCAGGCAGGGAAUUCCAACUCCCGGAGCCAUCAUCAUCACCAUCACAAAGACAUUAAAGCCAUUAAUCGUCGAUUCCAAAGACUAGAAUCACAUGUGGUCACUCUAGCUAGAAGUGUUGCCCAUCUUUCGUCAGAGCUUCGUUCCCAUAAUUCCAUGGUCAGUGAACUGGAUUCCUUACGCAAAGAGGUGCGAGAGAUGAAGGAGCAGCAGUUUAUAUUGUCCCACCAGUCCGCGGCACAAGGCCACAACUCACUAGAACACAACAAGGGAUGGGGUCCCUCCCUGACUAACCCCAAAAGGAUCAAUAAACUAACUCAGUUUUUCGGACAGGAACCACCACUGAUGGAAUGGUUCUUGAAGAAUUUAGGAUAUGAGAAAUUUGCAUCAAACUUUGAGGCUGAACACAUUGGAAUGUUGGAGCUUCCAUACAUGACUGAGGAAAGGUUGGAGAAAAUUGGAAUUCCCAUGGGGCCUCGACUACGGAUUCUACAGGAAGCACAAAACUGUUUCCAGCAUGAAAAUCUCAAUAUAUACAUUGUCUGAGAUUAGGGAUGUUUUACAGAUAUGAAGGAAUAAGAAUCCAGGAACAAAUGAAAGUCCUUUGUUUUUUUAAUGAAAUUAAGAUCAUGGGGUAGAAAUAUGGGAAAUAUUCUUCAGUAUAUAUUUUUUUAAUUAUAUUUAAGUAUAAUGUAUUCAUUUUAUUUUAUGUUGUAUAAUCAAAAGAAUAUUGACGUUUGUUCAUCACUUAAUAAGGAAGAUGUAGCAAGGGUUUUGACAAAUCUCAGAUGAGGUUAAUUGGAAUCAAUUAAUAAAUUCGUAUUUUGCUAUAACACCGUUAUAAUCAGGGAGGGGUUCAGCAAUAACUCAAUAGUGCUGUAGUUAUUUAUAAACAUUAUAACAGUGUGCAGGGUUUAUAUAUGCUAUUUAUGAUUGUGUUCAUUAUCAGGUUGAAGCAAUAUCCAUUUUUGAAUCCGCAGCUAUUUAGUUGUUAUUCAUAAUUGCCUUGUUCUGUGAUAAUAAAAUGAUUCUGAUAUUUA